AAAUCGAGAACUGCCUGAACAGUUGCAUGUACACGUUUUAGGUGGUCAGUAAGCAAUAGCAGCCAUGCCAGAAAAUCAUAAAUUUGUGUGUCUUGAUGACUAUGAGAAACAUGCUUCCACUGUACUUCCAAGAAAUGCUUUGGAUUAUUAUGCAAGUGGUGCUGGAAGAGAACAUACUUUGAAACUUAACAGGAAUGCCUUCAAAGUACUGCGUAUUCGCCCGAGGAUGAUGAGAAAUGUAUCAAAGCGGGAUAUGUCCACCACAGUGUUGGGUAACUGUGUGUCAGUGCCAUUUGGAAUAGCACCAACAGCAAUGCAGCGUAUGGCUCAUCAGGAUGGAGAAUGUGCCACAGCAAGAGCUGCUGGUAUGAUGGGCACAAUAUUUACACUGAGUACACUUUCAACGAGUAGUAUAGAGGAAGUAGCAGAAGCAGCACCAUCUACUAUCAAAUGGUUUCAACUCUAUAUCUAUAAGGACAGGGCAGUAACGGAGGAUCUUGUUAGAAGAGCUGAAAAAGCUGGCUUCAAAGCACUUGUUCUGACUGUUGAUGCGCCCAUGUUUGGAAUACGUGAUGCAGACAUUCGUAAUAAAUUCUCUCUUCCUCCUCACCUGAUGUUGGCUAACUUUAAAGGAGUGUUUGCUGACAGUGUUCAGUCAUCUGGUGGCUCAGGGAUUAAUGAAUAUGUCAAAAACAUGUUUGAUGCAUCAUUAACUUGGAAUGAUGUUAAGUGGCUGAAAAGCAUCACAUCAUUGCCCAUUGUAGUGAAAGGAAUUUUAACAGCAGAGGAUGCAGUUAUGGCUGUUGACAGUGGUGUUGAUGCAAUACAGGUUUCCAACCAUGGAGCUCGUCAACUAGACUGUACUCCAGCACCUUUACAGAUAUGCACGCUUGGGGCACCGGUGCAUAGGUGUAUGGUGGCUCACGGCACCCUCUGGCUCUGUACAUUUCGGGCAUCCUGCUCUUCUCUUGACAGUCAUGUGGACGACCAGAAUGAGAUAGAAGUUUUACCAGAGAUUGUGCAUGCUAUAAAUGAUCGGUGUGAAAUUUACCUCGAUGGAGGAGUUCGAGAAGGAAUUGAUGUAUUCAAAGCAUUAGCCCUUGGAGCAAAAAUGGUUUUUAUUGGGCGGCCUGCAAUAUGGGGUUUGGCCGCUUCAGGACAAGGAGGAGUUAAGGAAGUUUUGGAUAUCCUUAAGUGUGAAUUUGAUCAUGCAAUGGCACUUUCAGGGUGUGCCAAACUUGGUGAUAUUCAACGUGAUAUGGUAGUACCAGAUACACAAUAUUGCAAACUAUGAAUUAGUCAAGAGAGUUGCUUC